ACGUCCUCUUGCACUAUGCAGCAUCUUCCACGCGGACAACGCAUCCAACGAGGAGACAAAAGAAAAGCGUUACUCACCAGUGGGGAAAUCUGUCAACUGUUACUGCGGCCGUCGGGUUUUACCCAGGCUCGCGCACGUAUAAAAGGCAGGUCCUGGGAGACAGCGAGUCAGUCCGUUCAUCGCACAGCCGAGAGAGGAACUGUCAAGAUGCUAAAGUUUGUAGUAUUAUCCGUUGUCGCUGUGGCUGUGGUACACGCGCAGGAUAAAGGCAAUGCCGAUACUCGCUUCCUAGGUGGAGUUGGAGUUCCUGGAGGUGGAGUUCCUGGAGUUGGAGUUCCUGGAGUUGGAGGUGGAUUCCUGCCGGGGGUUCCUGGGCAUGGUGGCGUUGUUCCUGGAGGCGGUGGCCUUCUCCCUGGAGGUCAAUUCGAGUGCAAUUACUGCAGAACGAGGUACGGAUACGUAUGCUGCAAGCCCGGCAGGUGUCCACAGAUUCGCGAUACCUGCCCAGGCCUCAGAAAGGGUGUCCCGAUCUGCCGUCAGGACACUGACUGCUUCGGCUCCGACAAAUGCUGCUUCGACACCUGCUUGAACGACACCGUCUGCAAACCCAUCGUGGCAGGUUCUCAGGGAUAGGCCUGCAUGUUCGACUCAUCAAUUCUUUUUUAUCAAAUAAAUGCUAUAGCUGUUAAUUGUU